AUGUCCAAGUAUCGUCUUAUUCCGUUUUGUGCGAUCUUCAUUCUUUUGAUUUUAAUCAUUUUACCUAUUGCGCAAGCCUGGGAUAGUGCUGACCAUGAGAUUUUUGAUCUGGUGGAUCAACUUACGAGUUUUGAAGGAGACGAUGCAACAUUUUAUUCAUUACUUGGAGUAGAACCCGCAGCCACUGAAAAAGAGAUUGGUAGAGCAUAUAGAAAAUUAUCACUCGCUUUACAUCCUGAUAAAAAUCCUGACGAACAUAGUAAAGAAAUGUUCGCCUUAUUAGGUUCCAUUACAACAAUACUUCGUAAUUCAGAAUCUCGAGAACGUUAUAACUUUUUCUUAAAAAACGGCGUUCCAAAAUGGCGUGGAACUGGGUGGUAUUAUAAUCGAUAUCGACCUGGUCUUCCCGGAGUCGUAGUUGGUCUUCUAAUUUUGAGUUCAUUCCUUCAUUAUAUUGUAAUGUGGGUGAAUUUCUAUCAAGAAAAAAAACGAGUUAGAUACUUUAUACAAGAGGCCAGGGAAAUUGCUUGGGGAAAACGAAUGAAAAAACAAAAUACUAGAAAGAGAGUUUGCGUAAAUGAAAAACAAUUCAUUGUUGAUAGUGAUAAUGUUUUGUUUCUUACAGAUGAGGGUGAGGAAUUUGUAUUAGACGAAGAUGAAGUAUCCAAACCUAGUUUUGGUGAAUUAUUCCCAAUUUUGAUUUCUAAGUCUAUUUUAAGUAAAUUUAAGGCUGCGAUAGGACUCGAGAAAAAACGUAAUCUUAAUAUGAAAGAAUCUGGUGAUGAUCAAGAAUCAUUUUCCAGCGAUGAUGAACGUAGUGAGGCUGGUGACAACCAAAGGAGUCAAACACGUAGACGCAAAUUAGGCAGAAAAUCAAAGUGA